GGGGAAAACGCGUGAGAUCACGCGUCUGGCCAUUGUUUGAUUGACAGGUUGAUUAAUUAAAUAUGAUCGGGUUGCUCUGACUCCCAACAACCUGAUUUCCGGUGUCUCGAUGAUUCAAGCGCUAUGGUGUCUUGUCCAAUAUGCGGAAACUCUGUAUCAUCUCUGAAAAUCAACGACCAUAUUGAUUCCAAUUGUCAAAACUUUAUCGAUGAACCAACGUCCAGCACUGGGGACCUGACUUCCUCUCAGAAGGCACAGGUCCCCAGCUUUUUCCAACCUACCUCUGCUCGGAAAGCAUCCGCCCAGCCCAACUCGCAUCCCGACUCCUCGCCUUCACAAAGUAUUACCCGCAAGAGACCCUCGGCACCUGAAGCGGAAAUAGUAACAGAUGGCAACAAGAAGACUAGAAACGAUGCAGAGCAAUCUGUGAAGAGGCCAAAAGUGAGCGCAUUGCAGAAGGCAGCGCCGUUAGCAGAGCGCAUGCGGCCUCGGACUCUUGAUGAUGUCUGCGGUCAAGACCUCGUCGGCCCCCACGGCGUUCUUCGCGGGCUCAUUGAAAAUGACCGGGUCCCAAGCAUGAUAUUAUGGGGUGGUCCCGGAACUGGUAAAACAACGAUUGCGAGGGUUAUCGCUUCGAUGGUUGGGAGCAGAUUUGUGGAGAUCAACAGUACCAGCACUGGGGUCGCAGAGUGCAAGAAAAUAUUCUCUGACGCCAAGAGCGAACUUAGCCUCACGGGAAGAAAGACAAUAAUCUUCUGUGACGAAAUCCACCGCUUCUCUAAAUCACAGCAAGAUGUCUUCUUGGGCCCGGUAGAAAGUGGGCAAGUUACUCUUAUCGGUGCUACAACGGAAAAUCCUUCCUUCAAAGUGCAGAAUGCACUGCUCUCCAGAUGUAGGACUUUCACCCUGGCAAAGCUUACGGAUGAAGAUGUCAAAUCUAUAUUGGACCGAGCUUUGCGGGAGGAGGGACCAAAGUAUUCGCCUUCUGCCCUGGUAGAUGACGAGUUGAUCAACUACCUCGCAAAGUUCUCUGACGGGGAUGCUCGGACCUCCCUUAAUCUUCUGGAACUCGCUAUGGAUCUAUCCAAACGCCCGGGGAUCACUAAGGAAGAGUUAAAGCGGUCUUUGACUAAAACUCUUGUCUACGAUCGUGCGGGUGACCAACAUUAUGAUACCAUUUCCGCCUUUCACAAGUCCCUCCGGGGCAGCGAUCCGGAUGCCGCUCUGUAUUACCUCGCCCGCAUGAUUCAGUCGGGAGAAGACCCAUUGUACAUUGCUCGCCGUCUAAUCGUAGUGGCAUCGGAAGACAUUGGUCUGGCAGAUAACAGCAUGCUCACUCUGGCUAUUUCUACCCAUGCGGCCGUGGAGAAGAUCGGACUCCCAGAGGCGCGGAUCAACCUGGCACAUGCGACCGUGGCUAUGGCGUUAGCAAAGAAGAGUACCCGGUCAUACAGAGGUCUCAACAAUGCGUUCGCGGCAUUGGCAGAACCAGGCAUUGCCGGGCUGCCGAUUCCAAUUCAUCUGCGGAAUGCCCCCACUCGAUUAAUGAAGGAACUAGGUUAUGGGAAGGAGUACAAGUACAAUCCGAACUAUUUGAAUGGCGAGGUAGCACAAGAAUACUUGCCUGAGAGACUUCAAGGCCGGAAAUUCCUUGAGGAUCUCGAUCUUGGUCGUCAGGUUGACCCGGACCUCAAUGGUCAGCGUUGAGCAGAACGCCCUUAUGGACUAAAUCACCUACCUUGUCCCCCAAGCUGACGCGUUACGCACAUGAGUGCGGCAGCUGAGCAUUUUCAAUUGUGGAGGUUGGUGUUGGGGGAUGAGAUCCAUUCAACCCUUAUAAGCCAGAUACCUACGUUGGCUGUCAGACUACAAAGCCGCUCCAAUUGAAGGCUCGACUGUCCCGCACGAUGAGUUUUCUAUGGUGGUAACUAGGAUGGCUGGAAAUUCAUUCAAUGUCAAGCCCAUUGAUAGACAAACGAAUGAACGAUUUUGGCGAACUCAGCACUGACGAAACUACAAGCUCGACCGACACUUACAGAAGAAUAUGAAUGCAUCUUCAGACUGCGACUUGACAGUCGCGAUAGAGUAUAAUACUACCAUUGCUUCACGAGUGGCAGAGCGUUUCGGACUUAUUUUUCUUUCUUUUGGGGGACUCCCAGGCAACGAGUAUGGAUCUGGUGUGGGCUAACUGAACCUGAUGAUAAACAACUCUUAAGAUGUAAAGUGUGGAAUGUAGAUAUACAAUC